AUGUGUUCGAAACGGAAUUCUGGAAAUUCCGUAUAUCGGAAGCUGUUUUGUUUCCCUCAGAGAAUAGAUUGUUUGAAAGGGAAACAUGCCUGGAAACUCAUUAAAAACAUGACGAUUUCAAGCGAAUUUUUUACAUUUUACUCUGUUUUUGUCGAUGUUAAACUGUGUUCCAGGUUUUUGAAGUCAUGGAAAUAUGAAUUUAUUCUUGAAUCUUCCAAAAAAUCAAAAAAUUUCGAAACGAACUAUUCCCCUGUUUUGUUGGCGUCGGAGGUUAGCCCGCGUAGCCCGCGCGCUAAAAAUUCAAUUUUAAGCCGAAGAACGAGCUUUUUCCUGUUUUUUUCGUCAUUUUUUUUCAGAUUAUCCCAAUUUUCUGUUGAUUUCUUGUGGGUUAUUCAGGGCGUCGGCAAAAAAGGAAAAAAACUCCGCGAAAACUCGGAGAUCACGAACAGUUUGCAAUCCCAGUACUCAUCAACACCAGAAUGCCCAGCAUAUUACAAUGGAAGCAUCGCAGGAGGCUCUUGCAGUCGAGAGUAUUCUCUAUGUGUUAAAGGAAUCCGACAAACAGCGAAAUGUAGCGAUGGCUACGUUUUCUACGAGGAUGGAUGCGUUCCAAUCGAGGACUCUCCAGAAUGCCAACUGGCUGACGACACCGAAGAAGAGCCAUACGACAGUUUUGACUGUUCAUCGAAACGCGACGGACUUUACUCGAUCGGCUGCGUAAACCAGUUUGUCAACUGUGUAUCAGGACGAGCCUAUCAGAUGUACUGUCCCGAUGACUUGGUUUUCCACGGAAAGACUCAAGAAUGCCAGGAAUCUUGCGAUGAUGUUGAAGAGAACGCCACUACGGCUUCUCCAGUUGUGUACAGAAACGAGGACGAUGAUGAGGGUUACGAGGAGGGAUCUGGCGAGACUGAAGGAUACUACGAUCCUGAGGCAACCACCGAGGAGCCAAUCGACUAUAAUUGCAAUGGUCUGGAGAACGGAAACUACGCCGAUGGCUGUUCCGAUGUCUUCUACACUUGCAACAACGGCGUCGUGUUCAGAAGAUACUGUCCACAAGAAACCGUCUUCAACCCCAGUCAACAAGCUUGUGAUUACGAUUGCACUGAGACAGUUACCACUACUACUCAAGCUUACGUGCUAACUACUGAUGCUGAUGUUCCGUCGACAACCACUUCAGAGUACACAACUACUCCACAAGACGAUGAGCCGGAGUACAUCACAACACCAGGUUUCGAUGAUGUCACAACUACUCAAGCAUCAAUCGUCACUGUCCCCACCACCACCGCUCAGGCUCCAAUCGUCUGCCACGAAGGACAAAUCACUAGCUUUGGAAUGUGCUCAUCACGUUUCAACCGUUGCCAGAACAACUCGGUCCGCUCGAAGCAGUGUCCAGUCAACACACUUUUUGAGUCAGCUCUCGUUUUGUGCGUUUUCGAUCUUCCACAGUGCCAGCCAGUCACCUAUCCUUCUAACCCAACCUACAACACCUACGGAGGACUUCCAUCCGAUACCAUUGUCAGUCCAUUUGAUGAGAAUGUUCGUCUGAAGCCAAAGUUCAACAGACGGCCAAAGUACCACUAUGGACCAUACAGACAGCCAGGAUAUGGUAACCAGGGAUACGGAAACACACUUAUUGAGAAUCCAUUCUUCAUUUCACGUCACCAUCCUUAUCGUCAUGGAGGAGAUCGUCAUAGAGGAAGAGGACACCGUCGUGGGUAUUACAGACCAGCCAUCGAUUCUCCAUUCUCUACUGCUUUCCGUGGACGUGCGGCUCUUGAUGACCAAUUCAAGGAUUACCGUCGCGCCAAAAUGGGAAAGCUUCGGUAUGGAGAAGCCAGAAAGGUUGAGGGCAACAAGCGUAUCAUCCUUGACGACGAGUUCGAAGGACCAAAGGCCAGAUUUGUUCAGUCCGAUAUUCAGAGAAUCUUCCCAGAAGAUCGGCACUCGAAGAGAAAGUUGGGACCACGUGAAGACCCAGAUGGCUACAAGGAUGACAAGAACUUUGAUCCAAAGGACUUGUUCGGAUCUACCGAGAGAAGAAAGCGUUCUGUCUCAUAUGGAACUCAAAAAUCCGGAUACGCACAACAGAACACUCAAAUCACCGCUCGUCAAGCUCAAGUCAACAAAGAUUGCCAGCCAUACACAACCCCAACAUUCCUCACUUUCGGAGAUUGCUUCGAUCAGUUCAUUUACUGUUCUGGCAAUGGUGUUAACAGAAUGGCUGCUUGUCCGAUUGGAGAGACAUUCAACAAGGCUCUUCGCGCUUGCUCGGAAACAUGUGGAGUCGUUACUCCAGUUGUGACUUCUACUGUUGGAACUCCAACUUCUGACGAUUCGUAUUGGUCUGCCACUACCACUGGAAGCUCGGAUGACACUUUCACAACUCAAGCUCCUUCCACUUACGAGUCUUACACUACAACUCAGUCAUGGAACGAUCAACCAGCCACAACUCAAUCGUGGAACGACCAACCAGCUACGACGACGGCUUCCACUCCUGUUGGAGAUCGUUGCUCUUCUGUGCCAUCUGGUCUCUUCUCUCUCGGAUGCUCUCAAAAGUACAUUCAAUGCUCGAAUGGUGCCGCUAUCGUUCGUCGAUGCGGUGGAUCAUUGUACUUCAACCAGCCCCAACAACAGUGUAGUUUCAGAGACGAAGUAACAGAGUGCGGAGGCCAGGCAACCACUAAUUACUCUCCAGUCGUCAUUGUGCCAGCUGGUGAGCAAACAACCGAUUCAUACGGAACACCAUCUGACGAUGCUCCAUCUACCACUCGUGCUCCAGUUGGAGAUCGUUGCGCAUAUGUUUCUUCCGGACUCUUUGCCAUAGGUUGCUCUCAAAAGUACAUUCAGUGCUCGAACGGUGCUGCUAUCGUUAGACAGUGCUCUGCUAACUUGUACUUCAAUCAGGCCACAGAGACAUGUACCUUUCAAGAUGUGAUUCCAGAAUGUGAGUGGGAGAUCCCUGAACAUCGGCAAGUUUAUAUUUCAGGUGAAUCUGGUUUCUCGUCAACCAGUGCACCAAGACAGGAUGACCAAACCAUCGGAUACGGAUUGUCGGACGAUCAACCAUCCACAACUUCUGAGUAUGGAUCUUCCACUACCUCUGGCUAUAGAUCUCCAUACAACCCAUCAGAGGACCUACCAUCCACUACAUCCAGGUACAACUAUGGUCCAUCAGAUGAUUCAUCUUCAACCACCACUUCUGGAUAUAAGAAAUCCUCUCAGCCCGCUAAAGACCAACCAACUACAUAUUCUCCUUCUAUUGCUCCAUACCGUUUAUCAGUUUCGGGAGACGAUCAAGAUGAGCCAUUAGACGCUUGUACUGGAUUGUCUGACGGAACUCAUGGCCAAGGUUGCUCUUCAUCCUUCAUUAUCUGCUCCUACGGACGUCUUGUCAACUCUAUCACAUGCCGAUUGGGACAAGGCUAUGAUCCAUCAAUUCAGAACUGUCGCACUUUCAGCCAAAUCCCAGCACAAGCUUGUGAUCAAGAGGAAACUACCACAGAUGCCGGACUCGUUCGCCUACUGCCUUACGUCACCUUGGAAGCUGUUCUCUCCACGACCACCCAAGCCAUUACCACAACUGCUUAUGAUGACAAUGAGACUGCCGCAUCUGAUGAGUACACCACAACUGCCGUAUACGGAGAAGAUACACCAUCAUCUGAUUCUCCAGCUCAAGAUGUUGUAGUUGUCAGUGACUCCUACAACCGUGCUGAUGACGAGAGUGAGGAAGAGGAAGACGCCGGUUACGAACAAAAGUGCACACCUGGAUCCCGUGCUUCCACUGGUUUCUGUGUGAAGAUCUACUUGGAAUGCACUGCCUCCGGCUACGUCGAGAAGUCCUGCAGAGUUGGAAAGCUUUUCGAUUCCAACUCGAACAGAUGUGUUGCCAGAAUCGCUUGUGGAAAGGAGGCUAUUCGUGACGCCAUUAAGGAUAUCAUCGCCACAACUCCAGCUACAACAAAGGAGGUUGACGGCCGAUGUGCUCAUGUCGAAGGAGAAGGUGUUUUCGCUUUGGGAACAUGCAGUAGCAACUACGUUCGCUGCACUUAUGGCGCUGCCAAGCUUGAGAACUGUCCUGGAAAGCAAGUCUUCUCCCGCACCCAAUCCAUCUGUGUUUCUCGUGAAACCGAUACUGAAUGCAGUACUCCACAGAAUGCAGCAGUCAAGAGCUAUUAUAACAACAACGAACAAUCGGCUUACUGUGACGGAAAGUCGGAUGGUCUCUACGGAAACAAGAAAGACUGCUCCGCAAUUCUUCAGUGCUUCGGAGGAGAACUGUUCGAGCACGCAUCUUGUCCAUCAAAUCUCGCUUUCAACGAGUUGACAGCCAAAUGCGAUUACCCACAGAAAGUCAACGGAUGCGAGAAUCACGGAAGAACAGAGGGAGUGUGCUCCGAGCACGGAGCCUUCAUCGCCGACGUCAACAACUGCUCAGUAUUCUAUCGCUGUGUAUGGGGACGUAAAGUCGUGAUGAGAUGCCCGUCAGGCACCGUCUUCAAUCCAGCACUCUCGGUAUGCGAUUGGCCGAGCGCCGUUCCAUCCUGCGGUGCCGCUCCACAAGCCGCCGGCGACAGCUCAUACGGUACUUCUUCUUCGUACAACGAUGAUAACUCGGGAUAUUGA